AUGGACCCAAAUCCGCGGGCAGCCCUGGAGCGCCAGCAGCUCCGCCUUCGGGAGCGGCAGAAAUUCUUUGAGGACAUUUUACAGCCUGAGACAGAGUUUGUCUUCCCCCUGUCCCACCUGCAUCUCGAGUCGCACAGACCCCCCAUAGGUAGUAUCUCAUCCAUGGAGGUGAAUGUGGACACACUUGAGCAAGUGGAAUUUAUCGACCUUGGGGAUCAGGACGGAGCUGACGUGUUCUUGCCUUGCGAAGAUCCUCCACCGACCCCCCAGACGUCUGGGGUGGACGACCGUCCCGAGGAGCCGAACCUGCCAAUGCCCACGGCAGACAGGACCACAUCCCGCACUUUCUCCUCGUCCUCUGACUCCUCCACCAAUCCGCACAGCCCGGAUGUCAGUGACGGCGGAGCAGACACGCCCUUGGCACAGUCUGACGAGGAGGAGGAUGGGGGAGAUGGCGGGGCAGAGCCUGGAGCCUGCAGCUAGCAGUGGGCCCCCACCUACAGACUGAUUGAGCUGCCUAUUCUCCACUUGAGACCCCAGGCCCAGCCAGAGCGCUUCGGAGAAGACCAGACUCUUUACCUGCAGUAGGCACCAGAGGGAGGAAAGGAUGGUGGGUGGUGUACCUUUCUGGGAAUUAACCCGCUCCUGCUUUACUGCUAACCUUUCCCUGCUGCAACCUCCCUGGCAGGUUUUGGCUUACUCCUGAGGUAGGGCCUGCAAGUGAGGAGGUGGAAGAUGAGAUAGGACAAGAUGCCACUGCUUUUCUUAGCACUCUUCCCUCCUCCAAACUAUCCUGCAGUCUCCUGAUAGAGUCUCCUAAACCAGUGUCUCUAAAUGGACGUGAACUCCUUAACACUCCCAGUGAGAUGGUACUCCAGCCAUCCUGCUUCCUUACAUCCUUUUUGGAACAGGGCACGGUAUGAAUAAUAAACAGAUAAUAAUAUGCCAA